GAGUCUUAAAAGUCUAGCUCUUUUGCAGCUUCUCUUUUCCCCUGGCUGAGGAAACCUUUUCUCCAGCGUGGUUUUCCCUCUAUGGCCGUCCUCUGACAUUUCACCUCACAUAGUGUCCGGGUUGACGCUUGUGGACAAAGAAUGCAGGAAAUGGUUAAAACAAAGAAUAACCAAGGAAAAAACAGUGGUAUGGAGAGAGAAUUUGUGUAUACGUUCAGCUCUGGAAAUCAACAUUUUGUGCUUAAAGUUCCACUGAAAUUCCCAGUGCAAGAAAACGUUAGCCAUUUGCUUGGCCGUCUAAUGCUUCUUCACAACCUGCCUUGCUUCAUAGAAAAUGAUUUAAAGGAAUCUCUUAGUAGAUUAAUUGAGGAGAAAUCAAUAGAAGAUUAUGAUACAGAAGCAGAAGUAGCCCUAGAAGCAGUAAAAUCUGGUGAAGUAGAUCUGAACCAGCUGGCAAAUACUUGGGCCAAAACUUACACAGAGGCAGUAUUGGAACACACAAGACCUGAAGACUCAAGUUGGGAUGAAGAUUUUGCAGAUGUCUAUCAUGAUCUAAUCCAUUCCCCUGCUUCUGAAACUCUUUUAAACCUGGAACACAAUUAUUUUGUUAGCAUUUCAGAAUUAAUAAGUGAAAGAGAUGUGGAACUCAGAAAACUACGAGAAAGGCAAGGAGCUGAAAUGGAUAAGGUAAUGCAAGAAUUGGGAAAAACAUUAUCAGAUCAUGAUGUAAACAUGCUGGCAGCUCAGCACUUUGAAUCCCAGCAGGUGUUGGAAAACAAAUGGAAUAAUGAAUUGAAACAAACCACAGGUAUCCAGAAACAGGAGUAUCAGGAAUGGGUGAUAAAACUUCAUGAGGACCUUAAAAAUCCUAACAUUACUAUUGGUGAGGAAAUAAAUGUUCAGCCUAAUCAAUGGAGGGAAUCUAUAGAAGGAAAUGGAGGACUUUUUGAAGACCAGAGACAGUUGGAAGAAAGUUUCACUAUUCAUUUGGGAGCACAACUUAAAACCAUGCAUAACCUGAGAUUACUGAGGGCAGAUAUGUUGGACUUCUGUAAGCACAAACGCAAUCACCGCAGUGGAGUCAAACUUCACAGGCUACAGACUGCAUUGUCCCUUUAUUCCACUUCUCUUUGUGGCUUGGUCUUAUUAGUGGACAAUCGCAUCAGUUCAUACAGUGGGAUCAAAAGAGAUUUUGCAACAGUAUCCCAGGAAUGCACAGACUUCCACUUUCCUGGGAUUCAGGAACAGCUUGAAGUUGUUCAACAGGUUGUACUUUAUGCUCGAGUGCAGCACAGCAGCAAGUCCAAAAGGCUAAAUGAUGUGGGAAACAAAAAUGGUAGCAGUGAGGAUAAGUCAAAGAAUAUGGAACAGAACUUAUCAAAUAUUUUGCCUGGAGAAUUUUACAUCACCCGCCAUUCGAAUCUCUCUGAAAUUCAUGUAACUUUUCACCUCUGUGUGGAUGAUAAUGUGAGAUCGGGUAAUAUUACGGCCAGAGAUCCUGCAAUCAUGGGCCUCCGGAAUAUCCUCAAAGUGUGUUGCACUCAUGACAUUACUACCAUUAGUAUUCCUCUUUUGCUGGUACAUGACAUGUCUGAGGAGAUGACUAUAUCUUGGUGCCUGAAAAGGGCAGAGCUUGUAUUUAAGUGUGUGAAAGGAUUCAUGAUGGAAAUGGCUUCCUGGGAUGGAGGGAUUUCUCGGACUGUUCAAUUUUUGGUUCCACAGAGUAUUUCUGAAGAAAUGUUUUUCCAGCUGAGCAAUAUGUUGCCACAGAUUUUCCGUGUCUCAUCUACACUCACUCUGACAUCUAAACAUUAAGCCCCCUCAAAUAAUCCAGAAAGGAACUGCUGGAAGGUAACAGAAAUGUUCCUAACAAAAGCUGGGUCCAAAAGACAAUGGCAGCAUCUUUAUAUGAAGAAAAGUGGGUUGUUUCUUGUUUUUUCCUUUCUUGGCAUAAGCCUUCCUAACAUAUUGCAGGCAGCUCUGAGAUCUCCCCAAGAUUUGGAAACAACUUGUUAAAAAAAUAGAAAUUAUGAUAGGAAUUGGAGUUUACAUACCAUAAUAUAAGUUUAUAUACUAGCCAAGAAAUAUAUGUAAUGUUUUAGAUUGUGUUGGCACAGACUUUGUAUGUCAUGGUCAGUAUAUUACUGAAUUUUCUUACGUUGUAUAAAAAUAGCAACUUAUAUAGAGCGUUGACAUUUUGUAUAUUUCUAUGCUUUCUGUAGAAAUGGUUACAACUAAUCUUCUCCUCUGGCUCCAAUACAGGAGUUGCUGUCCUAAGCACAUGUUAACUGGAAGUGAUUAAAGACACACAUUGCUGUGUGUGUGUACAGUAGCUUAACAUUGUCUCUCUGCUACAUUAUAAUCCCUGAGUAAUCUUAUCUUUGUGCAUUUAGAAUGAUGCCACAGCAUCUGAGGCAAGGUGGUGUAGUGGAUAACAGCAACAAAACCUCUGAAGUAAACAAUUAUGGCUAUAUCUACCAUAGUUAUUGAAUAUGAGGCUUAUGCAAGAAAAUAUUGUUGUAUCCCAUAAAACAAAAUUGAUACUGCAUCUGAAUCUGGGUGGUUUAUUUAAUAUAUAUUAUUUAUAUUCAGCCUUUCUCACAGUUCACUUCAUAAGAUUGAGAACAGGGGUGGAAAGUUUUGAUCUCUUGGGUUGUAUAUGGCAGUAACUGAUGGGUCAUGUGACAGUGAGCAUUACCAGAAGUGGCUAUGAGUAGGGUUUGGACUAUUGGGGUAGCUAGACCCAGCAUUCCCCUUAUCCACAUUCAUAUAGAAAAGACACAGGUUCACCUAAUCCAGUGGUUCUCAACCUGUGGGUCCCCAGAUGUUUUGGCCUUCAACUCCCAGAAAUCCUAACAACUGGUAAACUGGCUGGGAUUUCUGGGAGUUGUUGGCCAAAAACAUCUGGAGACCCCAGGUUGAGAAAUACUGACCUAGUCCUAUUCCCACAGAUUAUUCCUAAUGACAUAAUAGAACCUGAACAGAUGAUGGUGAUAUUUUACAAAUUUACAAAGUACAGAGCAGGAAUAAAAAAUAAAUUAAGGUAGUCUUUGGGGCCUAUGGGCAACAAGGUAAUUUUUAGUACAUGAGGGCAGAAUGGAUUGAAGUAGCAAAGGGGAAAGCUGAAAUAAAUUCAGCAAAGAACUAUACUGUUGAGAUUAUCACAGUAAUGUAAAAAUUGCCUCUAACCCUAUGCCAUGGAUGAAUAUAAUGUGACCUGCAGGGGCCCCGAGAUAACUUUUUUAUUUGAUUGUUUUUUGCAAAAAGAGAAAUAAACUGGUUUGGAAACUGG